GGAGGGGGUGGAUGGACAAUGGGAAGUGACAGACUUUGAUUCUCUUUGGACAGGUGGUUAUGGCCUCACUGCCGACUCAGGGUCCCCCGGUCCCUGACUUAGUUUCUGGGUUGCCACCGGCGGCCUCAACUCCUGCCAACCAGAGCACAGAGGCCUCAGCGGACAAUGCGUCGGUGACUGGCCCAGGCGCUCAGGCUGUCACGCCUUUCCAAAGCCUGCAGCUGGUGCAUCAGCUGAAAGGGCUGAUCGUGCUGCUCUACAGCAUCGUGGUGGUCGUGGGGCUGGUGGGCAACUGCCUGCUGGUGUUGGUGAUCGCGCGAGUGCGUCGGCUGCACAACGUGACCAACUUCCUCAUCGGCAACCUGGCCUUGUCCGACGUGCUCAUGUGCACCGCCUGCGUGCCGCUCACGCUGGCCUACGCUUUCGAGCCACGCGGCUGGGUGUUCGGCGGCGGCCUGUGCCACCUUGUCUUCUUCCUGCAGCCCGUCACCGUCUACGUGUCGGUGUUCACUCUCACCACCAUCGCGGUGGACCGCUACGUCGUGCUCGUGCACCCGCUGCGCAGGCGCAUCUCGCUGCGCCUCAGCGCCUAUGCGGUGCUGGCCAUCUGGGCGCUGUCCGCGGUGCUGGCGCUGCCGGCCGCCAUGCACACGUACCACGUCGAGCUCAAGCCGCACCGUGUGCGCCUCUGCGAGGAAUUCUGGGGGUCUCAGGAGCGCCAGCGCCAGCUCUAUGCUUGGGGGCUGCUUCUCGUCACCUACCUGCUCCCCCUGCUGGUCAUCCUCCUGUCUUACGUCCGGGUGUCGGUGAAACUACGGAACCGCGUGGUGCCAGGCUGCGUGACCCAGAGCCAGGCCGACUGGGACCGUGCGCGCCGCCGCCGCACCUUCUGUCUGCUGGUGGUGGUCGUGGUGGUGUUCGCCGUGUGCUGGCUGCCGCUGCACGUCUUCAACCUGCUGCGGGACCUCGACCCGCAAGCCAUCGACCCUUACGCCUUUGGGUUAGUGCAGCUGCUCUGCCACUGGCUCGCCAUGAGCUCGGCUUGCUACAACCCUUUUAUUUACGCCUGGCUGCACGACAGCUUCCGUGAGGAGCUGCGCAAGCUCUUGCUUGCCUGGCCCCGCAAGAUCGUGCCCCACGGCCAGAGCAUGACAGUCAGCGUGGUCAUCUGAUGCCACUGCACCGGGCCUUGGCUGGGGACCUCCGUGUCCACUGGUCUCCGAGGGUGCCCACCUGAGGCCGGACUGGAGAGCUUAUCCCCAGCGCCAGAGCAAAUCCAAUAGGUGACCAAACUUCCAGCCUAGCCCUCUUGUCCAGCUGUCUUGCUUUGUCCUUGUGUCUUUGUAAAAUGUUGAGUGGGCUUUGGAGGGAGUCUUGUGCUUUGCUUGCAAGAGGCCAAGGAGAGGUGAGAGGAUUUAUUAUUUCCUCCCUAUGCCCUGAAUGCCAAACAAAGCUCUUUCUCCUGGUUCAUAACAGUAUUUCAGAGGCGUGGCUGUCUUCCUCGCCUUCCUUUCUGCUUGCUCAAUGGUGAGAUGAAGGAACAAUGGGGUUGGGAUUUCAAAUGGCUGCGCUGGGGUUGGUGAGGCUUUUUCCGGUUGCCUUUUAAGAAGGACUCGACUGAGCUAGAAUGCCUGAUGUUGCUUAGUCAGUUUGAACCCAUUAAUUCCUAGGAUUCCAGGGAAGUAUUACAAGUCUGUAUCUGGGAUUUCAGCAUUUCCUGAAUAAGACCAUUACACACCAAAAGGGUUUUACUUUUAAUUUCACUUGAAUCCAUAGCGCAAAAACACUUAGAAACCACCUUUUGAUAGCAGGAUCUUCUGAAAGGUGGUUUCUAAGUGUUUUCCCUCCUCCUUGUCACCUAACUUCUAUCUGAAAAUGAUAAGAUGAAUUAGUCAAUGAAAAGAUAAAUAGGGAUAAAGAAGAGAAGGUCCAGAUCACUUAAGGAGGCAUAUAACUGAGGACAGACAUUGUAUACACACCCAGUGUUUGCUACAAGGCAGGAACACAGAUAUUUGGUUUUCUGAAUACUCAACAUAAACCGUGUUCGAUAGCAUUCUCUAAUUGCUCAGUUGCAACAGAUCAACAGCUGUCAUCUGACUGCUCAGCACCUGCUCUGUGGUGACACACUUGGAACACAAUCAACCCAGGAUACAAGGAUGGGGAGACAUUUACUUAAGGCCAGAACAGAAAAAUAAACUGCCACCAGACCACCAUCAAAUACUUAAUUCUUUCCAGCGUUAGAGGGACAAGCGAAGACUGCUGGGCCAUGAUACCAGGCUGAUAACCCUCGUCUUAGCCUCCUGAGGAUUCUGUAAAUGAGGACAAGUACCCUGGACAAGGAUCUUCACGUUGAUGUUGGAGCAGUGACUGGACAGUGAGGGUGGGAGUUUUGUGAAGUGAAACGUGCUAUCCACCUGCCAGAUCAGCCCCUGUGGCAUAUAGGACAGGAACUAGUGCAGGAACUGCAGCAACUCAGUUAUCAUCUCUAAGACUCCAGUACUGCCCUAGCUCACUAUACAGUAGAGUCAAGCUCUCUCCUUAUAUUACUCUCUGAAAUGGGCUCAUUCAUUCAUUAAAGUGUGCCCUGAAAGGAAGGGAAAGAGGAGAAAGGCUUGGGGAUGACAAGGAUUAAGUCCCAUUACUCCAAUGCCAGCAGCCAUGAUGGAAGAGUAAGUAUUUAUGAUUGGGUUAGUUAGCAAUAUGAGUCUUUAGUAGUUAUGUGGCUAGACCUUUCCCAGCAUGGGGGAAGGCAGGAAAAGUCUGGCUUGGGAGAAAGGAUAGGCAGGUUAAACUUGGGAGAUGCAGGUUACCUUUAGCAAUGGCACAAAUACUUUCAGCUUCAUCUGUGGAUGUGAGAACAAAGCCUAUGUCACUCCCUGUUCCACAUGAGCUCAUUCCCCAGGCAUCCCAGAGACUGGCUCCUGUGGUUCACAGCUCCAUUACUUGGGAGGCUCAAGGCCAAACAGGCAUUUCAUGUUUCCUCAGAGCAUUCUUUUGAUGGGCAUGCCUCUAGAAUGGAGGGGAUGGGGGAAAGGAUGGGAUUUGUUGGGGAGGGAUCUGGUUAAUUGUACUUCCUUAUUUAUUUAUUUAUUUAUUUAUUUAGAGAGAAAUAGAGAGAGUGAGCAGGGGAGGGACAGAGAGAGAAAAUCCCCAGCAGGCUCCACACUG